AUGGAAUUUCAAGGAUGUGAAGAUCAAAAACAACGGGAGAAUUUUGGGAAUCAAAGUUCAGAAGGGUUAAAGUCACCAUUUGUCUCUUAUUCACCAGAAAAUGCACAAUUCUUAGUACCAGAAUUACCGGAACAUACGCGACAAAAUAUGCCAUCGUCAGCGUCAUAUAAUACUCCGCAAUAUCAGGGAAAUAUGCUGUCGCCGGCAAUGGCAGAUUUUAGAUCUUUUUCGGACAAAGUUGCACCUACACCUCAAAUAAAAUCAAAGAGAAGAUAUGCCUCGCAACAAUAUAAUUUUAAUGGCUCAGGAAGUGGUGUUUCUGGAAAUUAUCAAACCCUUAAUGCCAAUGGACAGACGCAGAUUUCGCCUUUUUCUGUAAAUCAGGGCUAUUGGUCACCUGGUUCUUAUUCUAAUGUAGAUAUGAUUUCGAAUCAGUUUAGUCAGAUGGGAAUAGAUCCAAAUAUGCAACAGAAUUCUAUUUCAUCAGGAUUUUCUUUAAAUCCGUUAAUUACUGUAGAUUUGAUAGGACAACACCCAGAUGUUUCGGAUUUGAAACGUUUACCCCCUCCGCUUAUUUUGCCUCCUAAUGCAUUUAUGACACAAAUGGAGAAAGUGAAUUGUGGUCCGGAAUAUUUACGAUCUACAUUAAAUGCGGUGCCGAAGACUAAUAGUCUUCUUAAAAAAUCCAGGCUUCCUUUUGCAUUAACAAUUCGUCCCUUUAUUAUGCUUAGUGAUGAAGAAGAAAAUGUUCCUUUAGUUUCAGAUACAAUUAUUGCUCGUUGUCGUAGAUGUAGAUCAUAUAUAAAUCCUUUUUCAACAUUCAUUGAUGGUGGACAUCGAUGGAAAUGUAAUCUUUGUUCUAUGACUAAUGAUGUUCCUUCUGCAUUUACUUGGAAUCAACAAAAUAAGCAAGUUGAUCAAUGGGGACGUUCAGAACUUAAUCAUUCAGUUGUUGAUUUUUUAGCACCUAGUGAAUAUAUGGUUCGGCCGCCUCAGCCUCUUGUAUAUGUUUUCUUAAUUGACGUUUCUUAUACUGCUGUAAUGUCAGGUAUGGUAGCAACUGCAACUCGAACAAUUCUUGAAUCUCUUGACCGGAUUCCAAAUCGUGAUCAACGGACAAAAGUUGGAUUUAUCGGAGUGGAUAGUGCAUUACAUUUUUUUAGCAUUUCAAAUAAAGAUCAAGAACCUUCUAUGCUUGUCGUUACUGAUUUGAAUGAUCUUUUUCUUCCUCAGCCUGCUGACCUCUUGGUUAAUAUUUCUGAAUGCCGAAAAAAUAUUGAGAUUUUAUUAGAAAAAUUUAACGAUAUGUUUAAGAAUACUCAAAAUGUUGGAAAUGCCAUGGGGCCUGCUCUUAAGGCCGCUCGUAAGCUUAUUCAAAAUAUAGGGGGGAAAAUUGAGUGUUUGAUGAAUAGUUUACCUUCAUUAGGUGAAGGAAAACUUUCUAUAAGAGAAGAUAUUAAAAUUUAUGGAACUUCUAAGGAAUCUACUUUACUUCAAGUUCAAAAUUCUUUUUAUAAAUCUCUUGCUGUAGAAUGUUCAAAGAGUCAGGUUACAGUUGACAUGUUCUUAUUUUCAUCUAAUUAUCAGGAUGUUGCUUCACUCGCAUGCCUUCCUCGAUACACAGCUGGGCAAACUUUAUAUUAUCCUGGUUGGAAUGCUGGUCGUGCUGAAGACAUAACGAAAUUUGCUAGAGAAUUUAGUACACAUUUAAGUCAGGAAGUUGGUCUUGAAGCUGUUAUGAGGGUUAGAGGAUCCACAGGACUCCGUGUUUCUGCUUUCUAUGGAAAUUGCUUUUACCGUUCAACUGAUCUUUGCGCUUUUCCAUCAUUUCCUCGUGACCAAGGAUAUGUUGUUGAAAUUGCUAUAGAUGAACAAAUUGAAAAGCCAUUUGUUACUCUACAAACAGCUAUAUUAUAUAGUUCAUGUCAUGGCGAAAGGAGAAUCCGUGUUAUUACUGUAGCCAUUCCAACUACAAGUAAUUUAGCAGAUGUUUAUGCUUCUGCGGAUCAGAUUGCUAUUAUAAAAUAUUUUUCUGUAAAAGCGUGUGAAAAAGUACUUUUAUCUAAACUAGAGGAUGUAAACACUAUGAUUACAGAUAAAUUAGUAGAUAUCUUGGAUUCUUAUAAAAAAAAUUUGGUUUUUACAAAUACUGGAAUUUCUACUUUUUCAAUUUGUUCAAAUCUUAGGCUUUUACCUCUUCUUUGUUUAUGUCUUCUUAAAAAUCUCGCUUUUCGUAAAUCCUCUCUUAUUCCUAGUGAUGUAAGAUCCAUUGCUCUUUGUCUUUUAUCUUCACUACCAACAACAAUAUUAAUACCAUUUCUUCAUCCGCGCUUUUAUUCAUUGCAUAAUAUGUCCGAUGAUGCUGGUGUACAUGGUGCAAAUGGAAUCAUUCUUCCACCUGAAAUGAAUCUUACUUCUGAAAAAAUUGAAUCUCAUGGACUUUAUUUAGUAGAUGAUGGUCAGGUUCAAUUUCUUUUUAUUGGCAAGGAUGCCGUUUCUUUAUUGGUUCAGGAUGUAUUUGGAUUACCUGAUAUUUCUCAUUUAAAAUUAGGAAAGAUAACUCUUCCAUUAUUGGAUAACCCUUUUUCUAUUCGUGUUAACAACAUUAUUGAUAAAUUACGAGAGUAUGAUAAAGGUAAAAUCACUUGGCCUCAUUUAUAUCUUGUUAAACAAGACGGUGAUCCUGCGUUAAUUAAAUGGUUUUUUAGCAAUAUGAUUGAAGAUCGUCAAGAUGGGAUUUCUUCUUAUUAUCAAUAUAUUAAUGAACUUAAAAAUCGGAUUAAUCCUUAAUUUUCUUAUUAAUUUUUUCAUAUAUAAAUCAAAAUGUGUCAAGUAC